AUGACGGCGACCGCGGUGGAUGUGAACGACAGCGACAAAUACCCCACUUCGACGCUGGUGUUGCUCGGAGAGCAGGAGUUCGUGCUGCGAGCGUCGCACUCCCGCGUGGUGUUUGAAAACUAUAAUCGCGCUGGAGAGGCAAGUGCAGACGAAGAAACGCUACGCUGCCUCGAGUCUUUCCUGUCUGACGCGAGUAUUGAGCAGUUGAUCACGCUGAAACUCGACAACGGACACGCACAGCAAAAACAAGUCGACAGUCCAGCAGCGGAUGACGACGUCAGUGUUCCGAUCAUUCUCUCUGCCCCCUCGACAUCGCGAUUCGAGUUAGUCCUGCAUGAUUCAACAUCUUCGUUCGAGACUGUGUUAAGUCGUGGGUCUCCAUUGACCUGCAUCAUCAGGUUUAAACGCCCCGGGGUGUCUGAGAGCGACUACGCAUGGGAUGACUUCCAGGAUCGGCUUGUGGUUCACACGAGGCUGAGCAAGCUCGUCAUCCGCCUCGAAGCUUGGAAGAACGAGGUGAUGUCGCUCUCGCGUGACCAAGAAAGUGGUUUAUUGUUUCCAGCCUCGCUGCCGGAAGUGAAAGCCCCGCCGCUAAGGCUAUUCGGUGCAAUCGAGCGAAACGCCGUACGCCAGCGUGCAUCUUCUCCAGGCCUAACUGAAAUCACCAAGACUUCGUUAGUAUUGGAGCAAAACAGCGCUGCAUCCAACAACUUGGAAGCCUCUCGAACUCCACGAACAGAAGCUUUGCCCUCUCUAUCGCGCCCUGGAUCAAGUGAACGGCAGCCGAGUCUCUCAGUUUCGUUACCAGGAAAUCUAGUGCUAUCGUCAUGUGUAAAUGCUGGUUCCCUACCUCCUUCUGAAGUUACUGCGAUCCAGUCCCUACGUGAAGCUCGCGAGGUUAUCAUGAAGCUGCGGCGUCGACGAACAGUUCGAAGCAACUCAAGAGCUUCGGGUGGAAUUUCUCCUACUUCUGUCAUGGAGACCGAUUUGUAUCCGGAAACUGAAGCCCUGGAUGCUAAAACGAAGGCUGAUCUCGAGGAAUUCAACAACCUGGUGCUAUCGGCAAGGGAUCAAGUAACGAAGGAGGCUGUGAAGGCGAGAAGCGAAUUGGCGUAUUACCAGCAGCUCAUUCCAGUGCCACCACCUCGCGGUUCGACCCCAGAAAUGCCAUCUCCGCUUGCCCAGAAACCAAAGAAAACCCGGCAGAUGUCUGCAGCGACUAAAAGACCGUCCAAGUUGCCGUCACUUGUGCGGCCUUCCUCCAGUGCAGCAACUACUUCCGCAUCAACCGAGAUCGACCCUUUGUGCCCAAUGAACAACCAAGAAAUGUCCCCACUUGAACAAGUAUCACAACCUCGAAAGUGCUCUGCACGCCAGCAAAUCCUGAGAACGACAAAGCUGAAGUCUCUGUCGGCGUCGGUAGAUGGCGCUCAAGGCGCUCAACAGCAGAAAGAAGCCGUCAAGGUGCCAGCUACUACCUCAAAACGUCGGAGGAGCAUAAACAACCAGCUGCAACAAGAGCAAGUAGACGAGCUGAGCGAUUUCGACGACCCCGAUCCGGAAGUAGACGAUGCACCGAUUCUUCCCGAUGAGCUUAGUGGCGUUGCAGCCUUGGAGGCCGACGAAUUGCUUUGA